AUGGCUGGCCGUUACGAUUCCAAUCCGUUUGCUGAAGAAGAAGUGAACCCUUUUGCGGGAGCUGAUUGGACUCGUAGGCAAAGGUCACACAGACAUCCUGUUUUCCCAUUUCUUGCCCUUCUUGUUGAUCAGUGGAAACACCCUUUUUUUUUGGCUGGGAAGAUAUCAUUGGAUCAAGAUCCCACCGCCAAUUCUUCAAAUAGGAUUGAUAGAAUUAGUGCCCUUCUCCUUUGCCAAAUUUUGUCAUUUCUCCCCAUGAAAGAAGCCGCAGCCACCUCAAUUUUAUCUCCUCGAUGGCGAUACCUUCUCACUUCUAUUCCAGUUAUUAAUCUCGUAUUUAAUGACACUUCAGACGAAUUAGAUCCUAUUCAACGUGAAAAUUCUCAUCUGAAGUUCUCUAGAUUUAUUGAUUUUUGUAUUAACUUGAUACGGCAACGUAACACAGCUCCCAUAAGAAAAUUUGGGCUCACAAUCUUCCCACCGUGGCUAUGUGAACGGUUUCAGUUGCAAAUGGACUCCUUGAUAUCUGCUUUACCGUUGUGCAAUGUUCAAGAACUUGAGAUUUUUCUGUUUGAAAAUGAUGCUGAACGAUCAAAUCUAUUGGGAAUAUUUACAUGCAAAACACUAGUUGUUCUGAAAAUGGAUAGACAAGUUGAUUUGGAUAUACCCAAUUCGGUUGCUUUACCAGAUUUGAAGGUGCUGUGCCUGGAAUGUUAA